UGGCAUGCAGCCUGAGGCACACACGCACACCGGCUUGGCGUGUUUACUUGCAGUCCGUCCCCAUUCUUGGAGUCUUCCAUCACCAUCAUUGUCCUUGUCCUUGUCCUUGUCACUGUCCUUCCCUCGGCACCAUGUCGCUCCUCGAAAGCCAUCUGGAGCAGAUCUCUCUCUCCUCCAACGCCAUCGCCGAGCUCCCCUUCCCCCAACCGCGCAUCUUCACCAAUGCUCUUCUGGGCCCCCACGACAUCACCUCGCUCAUUCGCGAUACCGAGGCCCACGAACGGGCGCUCUUCCAGGCCGACCCGUCCGUCAAACCCACCACCUCCACCUCCGCCCAUCGACGAUCCACCCGCUUCCCCUCCGAGGCAGAGGGCGAGUCCAUGGCCAGUCGCAUCUAUUCCGCCCGCGAUAACAAGAACCAGUCCGCCGUCGCGCGGGUCCUGGGCUCGGACAUGAUGGAGGAGAUCAAGCGAUCCGCGGGGACUGCCAGCCGGGGAGGCCGGGGGGAAGUCAACGUCGAUGUGUUGCUCCGCGGCGCCGAGAUCCUCUGCAAUGUCUACCCUGUCCCGGGUGCCCAGGAGAAGAUUGCCAGCCUGCGCUACCGCCACCAGUUGAUCGCGGAGUCGGUCAAUGACCUGGAGGGGCGUGUGGCCCGGAACACCGCCGAACUGGAGAAGAUAAGCCACUCGUACGGCGACGACUUUGAUGAUUUCGACAUGGACGCCGCACAGCCCGAGGUGCCGGAGGUCCCCGACGCCGAUCUGGAGCGCGAGAUGGAGGAGAUCCGAGAGCUGGAGAGGAGAAAGCGCGCCUUGGAAAGCCGCGUCACUGGCAUGGAGCGGGAUCUUGGGGGGUUGAUUGGUUGA